UAUGACCGAAAACCACAACACCGUAUUUGUAUCUAGACCAGGUGUAAAUGGUGAACCGAAAGAAGAAAACUUUAGAUUUGAAAAAUGUCCUUACCCUGCAGAUCUACAGAAAGAAGAAGUAUUGAUUAAAACUCUGUACUUAUCUGUUGAUCCAGCAUUGAGAUGUCGGAUGAAUGAAAGUACAGGUGUAGAUUACAUGGGACCAUGGCAGAUAGGAGAAACAAUAGAGGGAUUUGGAGGAGUUGGUUCUGUAAUUAAGUCAUUAAAUCCAGAGUUUGCAGAAGGUGAUUUAGUCUGUUCUCAAUAUGGAUGGCCAUGGAAAGAGUAUUUUGUUAGGAAACCUGAUAAAUCAUUCCAGAAAGUGGACAGGUCAUUAGUUGGUGGGAAGAUAUCAUACUGUCUCAGUGUUUUAAGUCUGACAGGACUGACCUCAUAUUUAGGUAUUACAGAGGAAGGUCACUUACAACCUUUACAUACACUAGUAAUCAGUGGUGCAGCAGGGGCAUGUGGAUCUUUAGCAGGACAGUUUGGUCAUUUAAAAGGUUGUGAAAGAGUUAUUGGAAUUUGUGGUAGUGAUGAGAAAUGUAAAUAUUUAACAGAUGAACUUGGAUUUAAUGGUGCUAUCAAUUAUAAAACACAGAACAUAAAAGACGAACUGUGUAAACACUGUCCUAAAGGUGUUGAUGUAUACUUUGACAAUGUUGGUGGAGCAAUCAGUGAUCAGGUCAUUAAACAGAUGAACAAAGAUUCCCAUGUAAUUUUGUGUGGACAGAUAUCUGUUUAUAAUAAAGAUGUCCCCUAUCCACCACCCAUACCAGAGGAGACUAAGCAAUGCCUUCAGCAGAAUAAUAUCACAAGGGAAAGGUUUUUGGUGCUUAAUUAUCCUGAAAAAUUUGAUGAAUCGUUAAAACAGAUUGCUGAAUGGCUCCUAUCAGGCAAAAUAAAGGUGAAGGAAACUAUUGCAGAAGGUCUUGUAAAUGCUGGUCCUGCCUUUGUAUCAAUGAUGAGAGGAGGAAACAUAGGAAAACAAUUAAUUCGUGUAGCUAGUCUAUAAACUUUUCAAAUGUAUUUCAUAGUACUAAUAGAGAUUAAUUUGUCAAUUAAUAUGAUUUGUAAAUGAUAAUCAUUUUUUUUUUAAAUUCAGGGAAUAAAUGUUUACUUUUAAGA